UUCAUCCAAUUUAGUUGUCAUCUGCGCCUGGUGCGCUUGGUUGUGCGUCGUCCGGAGGAGCUAUGAUACGUCGAUCAUAACCUCAUUAAUAAUUUUCCAGUAUAAUUGGAUUCCCCCCGUAAUCGUCAUUUCUAGUAAAGAAUCGCGCAACGGAACGACGACAUGACCAUUUGAUGCAAAUAAAUAAAUCAUUGGAGUAUUCAUCGUCGGUGACAAAAUAAGUAAUAAAUGAGGUCAUCCAAUAUCUGCGUACCUGGUUCCGUUCCUCUGGAAUCACCCUUGCAAAAUGAAAAUUUUAUGUCGAAAAGCGACGGACCCAUGGAUCCAAUGGAAGAUAUGCAACGAUUGCGUAACGUCACGCUCAGCAAAACUGUCGGCCUGUACAGAUUGCGCGGGGAUCUUGGAUCCGGGAAUUUUUCCAGAGUCAAAAUGGCCAUUCAUCAUCCGACUAAUGAACGUGUGGCGAUUAAAAUAUUGGAUAAAACGAAACUUGAUGAAAAAACACGAAAGAUGUUGGCCAGAGAGAUAGCUACUAUGGAAGGAAUUUGCCAUCCACAUGUGAUACGAUUGUUCGAAGUUGUUGAAACGUAUGCAAGAAUCUAUCUUGUUACCGAAUAUGCAUCUGGUGGUGAACUUUUUGAGAAGAUCUCCGUUCAGGGGAGAUUAAAAGAAGAAGAAGCGAAGCCGUUAUUUGUACAAAUUUUAUCUGCGGUAAAAUAUAUGCAUACCCUGGGUUUCAUCCAUAGGGACAUCAAAGCAGAAAACGUUUUCUACGCAGGACCUGGUCUGAUAAAACUGGGAGAUUUUGGAUUCAGUACACGUCUUACCGAUGGGCCUGAUCAGGUUUUGAAGACUUUUUGCGGUAGUCCACCAUACGCAGCGCCAGAAUUGUUUCGGGAUGAAUCAUAUCUGGGGCCGUACGUUGAUAUUUGGGCACUGGGAGUAUUGCUGUACCUGGUAGUUACCGGCACGAUGCCUUUUCGCGCCCGCACUGUUCUUGGUCUUAAAACUCUGAUACUUGAAGGAAAGUUUGUCACUCCUGACCACGUCAGUCUGCCUUGCCAAUCGUUGAUUUGUGGAUUGCUGUGUCAAACGCCUUUGGAAAGGUUGACGAUUGAUCAGAUGCUGGCGAGCGAAUGGCUCAAAGAUACUACCGUACCUGCACAUACUCCGUUUCAAGAUUGUCUUUUAUUGCCUACGAUUACCAGCGAUCCUAAUCAGAUUCCUGGAAUCGAACGUGUUGCUCGAUUAAUGCUGGAAAAAUUAGGUAUAGAUGGAACUUUAUUAGCGACGCAUGCCGACAAAGGUCCGAGGUCCAGUGUAAUUGGCACAUACAGGAUAGUUGUGCACAGAUUAACGAAACCUCCGCGAAACCAGGUGCAACCAGACACGUCGAGUGUCCCGAAAACAUCGCAGUCGUUAAUGACUAAGAAAGGACUAAAAUCCAAGAUGUGUUCGAUAUUAUGAUCACUGGAUGGAUCAGUAAAAGCAGCAUGAAUAAAUGUUGAAACUUAUUACUUGCAUGUCAUAAGAAGGUAGAAUUCUUCACUAUGAAAAUGGAGAAACUUUGGUUUGAAGAGUCUAAAAUUCCUCAAUAAUUCAAAUUGAUCAGUCGUUAGUGACUGGCAUUAGGAAUAAGAAUUUGGGAUAGAAGUUUCCAAAAUCAAGCUCAAACAGUAGUUUCAUUUGAUCGAAGAAAAAUUUUGAGAGUGUUUGUCGG